AUGCAGCCAAAUACUUCCGAUUUCACCAGAGGAUUGAGGAACCUGUUUCGGCGUGUGCAAACGGAGAGUCCAUUUGUUGGAUACUUUUUGUUGAGGAAUCAUCCAGCCGAUUGUGUAGAUGAGCAGUUGCCAUCGAAUUUCGAGCUGCCAUUUCUGCUGUUGGAUAGGAACCAUCCGGGUUAUGUGCGUGGAACAGGCAAUAGCUACAUCUUGGCUAUAAUGUGCAUGAAGGAUCUCACCGAUAAGGAUUUUUUGCUGAAAUUUGCUGAGGAUCUACUGCAUAUUCGCACCAGACGCAUUUUGGCUAUGCACAACCGGGAUCUCGCAUCUUCUGUCAAAUCGGAUAUUGUGAAAUUUUUCCAAAACUGCGAGCAAUUGAAAUUUCUUAAUGUUGCGCUGAUACAUCGCGAUUUCGCUGCCACACACAUCUAUCAUUCCUUCAACCAAUUUCCGGUGUUCGAAUUGGAAACUCGUGAUAUGCGCUUCGACACACCCAUCUAUCCGAAUCGGUUGGCUAAUGCAGGCGGAAAGGCAUUACGAACCCUGCUGGAUCAAAUUCCACCAACUUCAAUGACGCGUAAAGACAAGAAAGGUGCUGUUCGCAUAGCCGGAUACGUUGCUUGUUUUAUAGCAACAUUCGCUGAAAAAUAUAACUUCACUCUUCAAAUGGAAACUAUUUUUAAUGAGUCUGCUCAAGAAAGUGUAAAGAGAGCAAGUAUUCGUCAAGCAUUGCUCGACGGUACUAUCGAUGUGGGUUCAACUUUAUUGACCCCGCAAUUGGAACAGACUUUACAUGAGUGCAUAUACCCAGUUGAGUUUAUUCAAUGGGUGACUAUGUUGCCGGUGGAACCACCGCUCGAAACAUAUCAAUUCUUCAUCAAGUUUUUCCGUCCCACCUUUAUAACUGCACUCUUCGGAAUUUUUUGGUUGCUUUGCUUUUUAUAUACCCUACAAGAAAAAAUGGAGCGCAGGGCUCUACGUUGUGAUCGCUCCCUUUUGUUGUUGGUGAUAACUCCUUGGAACCUGGACCUGAUGCGUGGUUUAUUCUGCCAACCUCUGACAAUCUUUCGAACCAAAUUCUGGAGUCGGCGCAUAAUUUUCGUACUAGUCAUCGUGUUAGGAGGUUACAUGGCCAAUUUAUUUUCCACAAAUAUGGUGAAAUGGCUAACAGUACCACCAAAUGAUAGUCCUAUUGAGACAUUUUCACAAGUUAUUGAGCGUGGUCUACAGAUACAAAUUGGAAGUGGAUAUGUUGAUUAUGUAAAAUUCUUUCGUGGUGAGGAAUUUUGGAAUAAAUACAACAAGGCAUUUAAAGUACAAAAGACUGCCGAAGAAUAUAUGGAAGAUUUGCGUAAAAUGAAUGCACGUUAUGCCUACGUUAUGACCACAAAAGCAUGGCCGAUAUAUAAGCAGCGUCAAGAGUAUUUCACACGUCCAUUAUUUCGCCUGUCCGAAGAUCUAUAUUACACAAAAGGCUCCAUAGCGAGUGUACCUGUCAGUGAAAAUUCCAUCUAUAUUUAUCCACUGAGUAUUUUUUAUCUCCGAUUACGCGAAGCUGGUAUAAUAUCCCACUGGUAUGAUAUGACAUUUCAAGCAAUGGUUGAAUUUAAAAUUCUCGAUCUAAAAGAUCUUAGUAGGACGCGGAAGCACGACAUACUUACGCUGCAUGAGUUCGCAUGUCUUUUGAUGGCAUACGGUGUGGGCAUGGGAUUGAGUGUCAUAAUAUUCUUAUUCGAGUUAUAUUGGAGUAGAUUGUGCGGUAAAGCUAAAGCAUUUUGGCGGCAAUAUAAAGCCCGGCGUUAG